AAGAUUAAUUCCGAUAAAAGUGUCUGUGGGGAACUGCUCGACAGCACGUGUACGUCAGGAAUUCCAACUACAUUUCCCAGGAUUCUCUGAUUUCACUGGCUUGUUUUGCUGUGAAAGCAGUGUGAGAGUCGACAGUGACUGCGCUGGGCUUUUGAACAACUCGUGUGUAGCUGAAAACAACAACAUGCUUGCUCGGGCUUUUGGAAACGGCCUCUGUAACCGACUUUCAAGGGAAACGCGAACUGUCGGUCUGGUGGCAACGGGGCGGCAGGAUAGGCAAGCUUCCACAGAGGUGGUGCUCAAGAAGACCCCGCUGUAUGACUUCCACAGAGCUCAGGGUGGUAAGAUGGUGGAGUUUGCAGGAUGGAGUAUGCCUGUGCAAUACAAAGACAGUCACAUUAACUCACACAUGCACACACGCCAGCACUGCUCCAUCUUCGACGUCAGUCACAUGCUGCAGACUAAAGUCCAUGGUAGAGACAGAGUGAAGUUCAUAGAGUCUCUGAUUGUUGGAGACAUUGCUGAACUAAAAGACAACCAGGGCACUCUCUCUCUCUUCACAAACACUAAAGGAGGAAUCAUGGAUGAUCUGAUAGUGACCAAGACAGAUCAGGGUUACCUGUAUGUUGUCUCCAAUGCUGGCUGUGCGGACAAAGACUCUGCUCAUAUGCAGGCCCGACUGCAGGAGUUUAAAGCAGCAGGUCAUGAUGUUGAUUUGGAGUUCAUGGAAGAAAGUCUUAUUGCUCUGCAGGGCCCAUCAAUGGCCCAGGUUCUGCAGAAAGGUGUGGGUGAUGACCUCAGAAAGCUGACCUUUAUGACCAGUGUUUUGACCCCAGUGUUUGGCAUUCAGGGCUGUAGGGUCACACGCUGCGGAUAUACAGGGGAGGAUGGAGUUGAGAUCUCAGUACCAAGUGAAGACGUUGUCUCACUGACUGAAAAGUUGUUAGCUGAUGGUGAGGUGAAACUCGCUGGUCUCGGAGCCAGAGACAGUCUCAGGCUGGAGGCGGGACUUUGUCUCUAUGGCAAUGACAUUGAUGAGACCACCACACCUGUGGAAGCAAGUCUUGUUUGGACUAUAGGUAAGCGUCGUCGACAGGCACAAGAUUUUCCCGGUGCUGACAUCAUUGUUCCACAAAUAAAGGCCAAGACUCUGAGAAAGAGAGUGGGACUGAUCUCCGCAGGACCACCUGUCAGACAGCACACACCAAUCCUGUCAUCUGACGGCAGGGUUAUAGGGGAGGUCACCAGUGGAUGCCCAUCUCCCUGCCUCAAACAAAAUGUUGCCAUGGGCUAUGUGGAAGCUGGCUUCAGUAAAGUGGGCACAUCAAUCCAGGUGGAAGUGAGGAAGAAAGCAGUGCAGGCAGUGGUCAGCAAGAUGCCAUUCGUGCCCACCAAGUACUACAUGGGCCAGUAGACCUACAGAUUAUAAAACCUUCUGUGUUUAUGAGAGGGUCUGUUGAAGACCGGUCUGGUAGUAUUUAGCAGUGGAGGUCUCUGCUACUUGAUUGUCAGUGGAAUGGAGACCAACAUUAGAGAUUACACAAAACCUGAGACAUACACCAGCGUUGAGCAAUUGAACAAAUGCAAACUUUAAAACACAAACAUAAUUUACUUCCAUUUGAAUGACAUUCCAGGACGUUCUGUAAUAAUUGCACAACAUUUUGGCCACUUCACCAGAAAUUCAAAUCAAAUUGAAUGUCAGAAUGUGGGAAAGGACCACUUGCUGUUUCUGUGUGUGUGUCUAACAUAGAGCACUUAAAAUGUUAGUUUGAGUGUGGGAAGUUGACGUCUGUUUUAAAGACUACUGACUCAGAUUCCUUUAAUAAGUUUGCCACACAUCUGGUUCAUUUUAUGCCAGUGUACUGUUUUAGUGUCAUAGCUUUAUGAUGUAAAAUUAUAAAAUAAUUAACAAAGCUAAUCUGAAUGAGAUAAAUUAUAUUAGAAAGAUG